AAUGGCGGACGAUCAACCAAUAGCCAUUCAGCUAAUUGAUGAAGGCGCUGAACUGUCUCCCGGGAAUGGAGGACAAGGAGGAAUAGGAGGACCAGGAUAUGCCAUUCCAAAAGAAAAUAGUCGUAAUGAUGUCGAUUCUGAUAGUAGUUCACAAUCCAGCCCCCAAAGGAACACCAAUAACACCCUAGGGAAAAAGGAGGGUUCCAGCGGAAGAAAAGCUCUAGAGAUAAAAAUAAGAGAAUUAAAUAAGGACAAAGAGGAGAGUAAAAGAUCUAUUAUGAUUUUGGAAGGCCGUUUGAAAGAAGCUGAAGCAUAUAGAGAAAGAAUAUUUAAAAGAGAAGAAGAACGAGAAGAACAGGAAGGUCUAGCAAGUCAAGAGCUAGCAAAAGUUAAACAUUUACUCAUUAAUGCCCAAACUGAGAGAGAUUCAGCUCUUAAAAAGUUGGAUGACGAAAAAGAAAUCUCAGCUACCAGAGGGUUAAAAUUAGAAAAUUUGCAAAAAGUUAUAGAAAACAGUCGAUCAACUAAUCCUCCAGAUGUGAAUGCGCUGCAUGAAGAGAAAGAUUCUUUAGUUAAUGAAAUACUUGAGUUAAAAAAAGAACAUUCUUUUAAGAUUGAACAAUUGCAUAAAACUGUAGAAAAUUUGGAAGAAAAGUUGAAAAAUGAGGAAAAAUCAAAUGCUGAACUUAAGGAUAAACUAGCAACAAGUGUAACUAAUUCCAAUUCUGAAAAGUCAAAAAUAGAAAUUACUAAGAGAGAAUACGAAAAGGAAAUAACCUAUUUAAAAAAAGAAAUAACUGCCUUCAAUAGCGAGAAAAUAAAUAUACAAGCCGAAAAAGAUAGAAUUGAGAAAAAUGCUGAAGACCUUAGUGAAAAAUUUAAUAAGCUUCAGGAAGAAUUAAAUCAUGUAACAGCUCAAUGGAUUCCCAUGAGGGAGGCAAAAUUUAAGAAAUCGAAACAAUUUGAAGUUGAUCUGAAGCAAGAGUUGGCAACUCAAACAGAGAGAAAUGACAAUUUAUGUCAGGAAAUUAUAAAAUUGACAAAACAAUUAGCAUCUGUUGAAAGUAAUUUAGCCGAUAGGAGUAAAACUGUAAAAUUACAGCAACAAAGACUAAAUGAAAUGAAAAAAACUUUACAAAAAGAACUUCGGGUACAACCUUUACCGAUGGACUCAACUCGUAGCUUUCCAACAUUACCACAAAUUCCAGCAACAAUCGAUGUCAAUUUGAGCGACUUUAUACCUCCUAUACCAAAGGAUAACGGUGUCACCUGUAGCAAAUGUGAUCAUUUAAAUUAUGAAUACUUACGCCAUGUUGUUAUAAAGUUUAUGCUGUCUAGAGAGUCCGAAGCUAUCCAUCUUAUUAAAGCUGUUUCUGUCUUACUUCACCUUACAGCGGACGAACAAAAAUUAAUCAAGGACACUCUUGAAUAUAAAAUGUCUUGGUUUGGCAGUCCUCCCUCUCUUCCUAGCAAAGGUCAAAAGGCAAAAGUUGUACCGCGUACUUUUUAG